AUGCUGAGCACGGGGACAAGGGGCAGAACCAGCAGCAGGAGCGACUGCAUCAUAUCCACCAGUAGGCAGUUUGCUGGGACACGGCUGACAGCCUUGCCCAGCAAAUGCUGCGGCAGCAGAAGUAGCAGCCGCGGCACCGCGCCCGCGCCGCCGCACGCCCUGCCGCACCCUGCGUGCGUGCACGCGCGCCGCGUGCAGCAGCCAGCCGCCUGUCAUGGACGUGGUCCGCAAGCUCGCCCGCCUGUCCUGGUGCGGAGGGGCCCUAGCGUCUGCCGCAGCGGCAGCGGCGCCGGCCCUAUCACCUCAAACGAGCUGAGGGGCAGCGACGACAGGCUUCCCACGUCAGCAGGGGCCGGCGGCGGCAGCAGCAGCAGCGGCAGCAGCGCUGGCGACGCCGGACAUAGCGUGUUUGAUGGCGAGGGCUUGACACCCGCCAGGAGCGGCGGCAACGGCGUUGUCGGCGUCGGUGACGGCGGCGGCGGCGGCGGCGGCGGUCUUCGAACACCUUCUGAGGCAGCGUCAGGCGCGGUCGCAAGCGUGGCUGAGAAGCUGCGGCACGUCACUGCGGCGGCAGAAGCGGGCGUGGCACAGCAGCAGCUGCGGCAGCAGCAGCAGCAACAGCAGCAGCAGCAGCCAGAGCACUUUGAUCAUUAUCAGCAGCAGCACCACCAGCAGCAGCACCAGCAGCAGCUGCGCUGGGAUGGCAGCGGCAACGGCGACGGCGCCAAGGACGGCAGUGCAGGCAGCCGCCUGCCACCUGUUCUGAUGCCACUGGCCAGCGCUCCAGGCUUGGCCGGCCUGCUGGGCUCCAGGGGCCGCCGGCACGUGCGGCUCGCUGGGCGCGCUGAGCACGCUGAGCACGCUGAGCAGGAGGCAGCGCCGCCAUGGCUGGCAGCCGCCCCGCUCGAGGGCCGCAGCGUCGACGGCGAUGACAGCAGCUUUGACGGCCGCGCAGAAGAUGCCAGCUCCGCCUAUCCGGGGGCGCUGCGCCGGCGCCCGGUCCCGCGCGUGCGCCGCCCCCUGCGGUCGCCCGGCGCGGCGCUGCGGGCGCGCGUGGUCGCGGCGGAGGCGGCGGGGUGGGGGCCGAUGCAGAUCACGAUCGCGUUCAACAACUGCGCUUCGGUCGGCGACGUGGAGGCAGUUUGCUUGGCGUACAGGCACUCGCUAUCUGCAAGGCACCUGACAGCAGCAGCGCAGGCGCUCGCGCGGUUGGGCGGCCGGGGACGGCAGGGGACGGCGCGCGACAGGGAAUGGGCUGUCUCCGUCUUCCAAAGGCGCAUAGUCCCCGACCUCCAGCGCAAGUACACCCAGGCCUGCCCCCGCAACGUCUCCGUGCUGCUCAGCGUCGCCGCCAACCUCGGAUACCGCGACGAGGACUUCGCCCGCGACCUCCUGCACGUCGCGCUGCCGAUGCUGGACGAUUUCGAGGCGUCAGACCUGGCGUCGGUGCUGCAUGCGCUGCCCGCGCUGCGCGUGCAGCCGUCGCGCGAGUGGAUGGCCGCGUUCUACGCCGCGAGCGACGCGCGGUGGCACGAGUUCGACGCCCGCGGCCUCGCGUCGCUCGCGUGGGCGCUCGGCGCGCUGCGCAAGCGGCCGCCGCCGGAGUGGCUGGCCGGGUUCUGCGGCGCGGCGGACGCGCUGUGGGGGGAGUUCACGCCGCAGGGGCUGUCGAACCUCGCGGGACUGGCCAAGCUCUCCUAUAGGCCGCAGCAGCGGUUCGUGUCCGACCUGCUCUCCCACUCGCAGCAGCUUCUCCCCAGUUUCUCCCCCAUGGAGCUGUCGGCCAUGAUGUACGCCCUGGCGGUGCUCGGCCUGCGGCCGGGGCAGGAGUGGAUGCGCGUGUUCCACGCGGCGUCGGCGCCGCAGCUUGAGGCGGGGUUUGGCAGCCAGGCGCUGUCCAACACGCUCUGGGCGCACGCGCGGCUCAAUCAGCGCCCGCCCGUGGAGUGGCUCUCCGCCUUCCUCACGGCCUUCACCGGCAAGCUCCCCGUGUGCUCGCCCCAGGCGCUCGCCAACACGCUCUGGGCCCUCGCGCGCCUCCGCACGCGCCCGCGCGGCGCGUGGCUCGACGCGGCGGUGGGGCGCGCGGAGGCGCUGCUGCCGCUCGCGCGGGCAGAGGAGCAGACCAGCCUGCUGUUCUUCGAGGAGACUCACGCCGGGCUGCCCUCCUUCUUCCCGAGCCGCCUCUCCACGAUCCUCUUCACCCUCGCGCGCCUCGGCGCGCCGCCGCCGCGCGCCUGGGCCGACGCGGCGCUCGCCGCGCUCAACGCGCGGGUCAAGCAGCUGCCGCCCCGCGAGAUUCCGGACGCCCUUUGGGCGGUGGGCGAGCUGGGGCUCGAACCUGGGCCUGAGCUGCUCGCGCGGUUUGAAGAAGAGGUCGCCGACAAGCUGCUGACGAUCGCGCCGCCGGCGCGCCGCGCGCGCGCGAUUUCGACGCUCGCGCGGCUGGGGCGCGCGCCCGGCGGCGCCGCGCUGGUGCUCGCGCUGGACGAGCUGCCGCCGGCGGCGCUGCCCGGGGACGCGCUCGCGGAGCUGCUGUGGGCGCUGCCGCGCGUGCGGCUGCGGCCGGCGGCGGCGUGGGUGGGGGACGCGCAGCGGCGGGCGCUUGAGCUUGCAGAGGGGGCGGCGGCCGCCGCUGAGCGCGGCGGCGGGGGCGGCGGCGGCGGGGGUGGCAGCGACGGGGUUGGCGGCAGGCAGCAGGCGGCGGCGGCCGCCUCGCGCUGGGCGCAGUCUCUUGAAGGGCUCGCGGGCCUGGGGGCGCGGCCGGGGCCCGCCUGGGCGCUGUCCGCGGCGGCGGCGACGCGGCGGCUGCUGGCGCUGCUGUCCGGUCAGCAGCUGCUGGCGUGCGCGCGCGCGCUGGCGGCGCUGGCGCCGGAGGCGGCAUCGCAGUUGGAAGCGCGACAGCUGCCAGUGCUGGCGGCAGGGUGA